AAGAGUCAUUAUAAUUGAAAAGCAAAUAUAAGUUUUGAGAUUAGAUCUUGUAUUUAAUUGUUGCUUGUAGGCGUAGCCCUCCCAAAUCCCAUUCUCUGGGUUUAUCUUGUAAUUUAAAGAAAGCAAAAAACCAAAUUGAAGUUGAGGUACCAGCACCGCAGCACGUAAGAAACGGGCCAACCAAGAGAAGAAUAUGGUAACCACUCGUCCUCACCAAAUCCCACUUUGACUCUUUCCUCCGUUGACAUCAAUUAAGCCACCACCGCCUAUAGGCCAUAUCCCAUCACCUACCUAAUCUCUCUCUUCCAAAUCUCACCGCCAUGGAAGUUGCUUCAAGAAACUGUUAAUGGUGGUCUCUGCACUUUUUUCCUACUAAUUCUUUUGUCUCUUUCUUCAUCUUAAUUGUCAGAUCGUUGAUAUCAUUGACGCUUUCGGCUUCGAUUUCGUCUUUUAUUUAAUUUUGAAGAUUGUGUGAAUUUGGACUUUCUCAAAUCUUACAGCACGCCAGAAAGUGAAAAAAAGUCACCAAGUUGAUGAGUACAAUCUUCUUGAAAUAAAGCAGGAAUUACCAAGCUCGUCUUAGAAUGGAGCAGAGUGUUACCGAAAGACCAUUAUCUCAAGAGCAAUGCUUCCGUCAAGUCUAUAAUGGUGUGAUGAAUAGUAAUAGUGCUCAUCUUGACAAGGAUCAGUCAGAAAAUUGGUGUCCCAAGAGUUUGACUGAUGGUGAUCAUUUAAGACUAGAGAAGCCUCAAAUUCCCAUUUGUCGUGACAACUUGCGAGGCGCUUGUGCUCGGGGAGAGUAUUGUAAGUUUCAGCAUUCUGGAUCUGUUGAACAUGAUGGAUCUAGGUUUUAUCAGAAUGAUCGUGGAAGGUUAUCAUAUAGAGAAACUAAUGAUAGUGAUUCUAGAACUAGGCUGUCAUAUGAUGGCUUCAGGAGCAGAUCUCCUUGUCGUAAAUUUCAGAGGGGGAUGUGCUACCGCGGAUCGUCUUGCUCAUUUUCGCACACUGAAUCUGUCAGGUAUGGUCGAUCCACUUAUGGAUCUAGAGUAGAACAGAAAGUAGAUGGAGCAGUAAAAGUUUCUGGGUUUGCUGAAGGACGCAGGGACAGUGCUUCAGGACAACGGAGGAGCAUAUCUCCUUGUCGCAAUUUCCUUCGAGGGCAUUGCAAAUUUGGAUCAUUUUGCAGACGUUGGCACCCAGAGUCUAGGCAUGAUCUCAGUUCAAGUAAUCCUGUAUGUCGUGAGGGUGGUCGAGAUUUCACUUUGAGAGCAUCUCAAGGGCAUGACAAACCAAAUAUGCAUAAGCAUUCAAGGACUAAGCCUUUUUUUGAUGACCUUCGUAAGAGGUCACCUUGCCAAAAUUUUCUUCACGGAAGAUGUUAUCUUGGAGAUUCUUGUGUGAAAUUGCACCCUGUACGAGAGGUUUGUUUACAGUUUACCAAGGGGAGGUGCACCAAUGGAGAUUCUUGCAGAUAUCUUCAUGGGUACCAUGCAUAUGCUAGUUCUGUCUGGAAUAAAAAUCCCAUAGGGGCUGCUGGAGGUAAUAGCAAUUUUUCUAUGGAAAAUAAUAGCAACAAUACAAUAAUUAAUCAAGAGCAUGAUGCUGUUACGAACUCUAAUAUGUCAUUAGGUGAAAGCAAGAAUAUUGAAAGCUGUGUCAAGGAAACUAAAAUGGAGUCCGUAAAUAAUUCUAUUAGUAAAAUUCUUGAUGAAAAGGUUGAUGCAUCAGUUACGUAUGGGAGUAAAUGCGAAAUUUCUGAAGAAAAAAUUGCACGUUUCUGCAGUCCUACUGAAAGACAUGAGGAUUUUAGUCUGUGGAGUCGUCCAUUCAAAAGGCGUAGAAGCAGGAGUAGAUCUCCUUUUUCUCCCAAAGAUCAUAUUCAUUGUAGAAAUUUCAGGAGAUGUGAUUCUCGGAUUGACUUAUAUAGAGAUAGGGGCUAUAAUGUAGCACGUUUUCAGUAUAAUUGUAGUUCUUUCAAGUAUGAGAGGGCUACGUACCAUGCAAAUACCCAACAUCAUUCUAAAGCUCAAGCUACCUCAGUUCAUGAUCGUUCUUGUGAAGCAAGUGAUUCCAAGGUUGUGUUGCCUCAUGGCCAUGGAGUGGUUAAUCAAUGUCUGCAGACAGAUCCGUGUCCUAAUGGCAAUCAUGGCUCAAAUGUUUCAACCGUUAAUGAAAAACAUAAUGCCGUGUCUGUGACAUGUGCUUUGCAGCCCAAUUGUACAGACCAAAAUGACAAGGAAUUAGCAGUUGACAGGUCUCAGAGUACAGUUGUUAGUAGCCAGGAAGAUUUUGAAUCAGAUUCAACAAGGUCAUGUGAACAUCACUUUGUUUCUCCAGAGGUUGCUAAUUUGACUAUGUUAGUAACAGAAGAAAAUGUUGAUGUGACUGGUAAUUUGGAUCGGGAGAGAGAUGAAACUAAUGCAGAAUUUAUGCCAGCAAUAAAAACGUGUUCGAAGGAGAGGAAAAAAAAGCAUCAUGGAUUAGUUUCUUGUGAAGAUGCCAUGAAGGAAGUAGCUGAUGCCUUAAAACAUGGGGUGCCAAAUUCUGAAAAUAAUGAUUUGGAGGAUAUGGUCGUGCAUGACAGUCAACAUAAACAGCAGGAAAUUGAAGUGACCGACAAAAUUGGUGAAACUGCAGAGUCUACACUACCUACUACUGAUGAUAAAACUUUAGUUGUUGGUAACACUGUUAGUCACUCACUGCAAGCAUCACAUGCCUCACCAAAAGCAAUUAUUCCUCUCUCUAGAAGAAAGCUUCUUGUCCUUGAUGUGAAUGGGAUUUUGGCUGAUAUUGUUGGAGAUUAUCCUUCUCGUCUUAAGCCAGACACAAUUGUAUCAGGAAAAGGAGUCUUCAAACGACCUUUCUGUGAUGAUUUCAUAAAGUGCUGCUUUGAAAGAUUUGAUGUGGGCAUUUGGUCGUCAAGAGCCAACAAAAACGUGACAAGGAUAGUGGACUUUCUUUUGAGAGAUAACCAGAAAAGAUUGCUUUUUUGUUGGGAUCAAUCCCACUGUACUGCCACUGGGUACACAACUAUUGAGAACCGGAAGAAGCCUCUUGUACUAAAGGAACUUAAAAACCUAUGGGAUAACAAUGGGGAAACUCUUCCUUGGAAAAAGGGGACUUACAAUGAAACAAAUACUGUUUUAUUGGAUGAUUCACCAUACAAGGCUUUACGAAACCCUCCUUACACAUCCAUAUUUCCAUAUCCAUACUCAUUCAAGGAUGCUCGAGACAAAUCACUAGGACCUGGUGGCAAUAUCCGUGCAUAUCUUGAAAGACUGGCAGAAGCUGAGAAUGUUCAGAAAUUCAUUCAAGAAAAUCCAUUUGGUCAAAGGCCCAUUACAGAGGCAAACUUAUCAUGGGCCUUUUACGCUAAAAUUGUUGAAACUGGUGAUGUAAAGCAACAAGAAGAAAUUGCCAAAAUAACUACCUCUGGCUCAUAGCAUUAUCGCAGAGGUAAUAAUCUGACUCAAAGUUUAUUGGUGUUUUGGCUUAUUAUUCAGUGCCAUCUCAUGGGUGUCACAAAUUUUAUUAUUUCAACUUGUGUCACUGCCAGUACCAGUUCCUUAAGCAAGUACCCUCCUUUUUUGUUCCCUGAUGAUGGAUCAUUCCUUUUCCCGGUUAUCUAUCUUAUGCAUGAGCUGUGAUAUGGCCAUAUGUUCUUAACGGUUGGCCUCUUUUUGUAAUUGUAGUUAAAAUAUACGUUAUAGAAAUAGAAGAGUGCAACAGUAAACCAUAGGUUGUAGGCUUAUAACUUAUUCUUUGGACUUGAAUGUGAUUAAAAACUUAAAUCUACGAAGUUCUAGACUUUCUGUUUCGAUAGUCUUUUGUUAAAAAGGGUUGUCAACUUGAAACAAGUCUGUAUCCAAAAUGUCGAGGCCUGUUUGAUACUAAUGUACUUAUACUGCGGCCGUUGAGAUUUUCCUAUGUAAUAUUGCGGCGUAUGCUUUCUUGUGCUGUAUAUGAACUCUAGUUUGCCUGUACACCGGUAUUAUGCUGGAAGAUUGCGGGUAAAUCCAAACAAACAGAAGACUUCAUUUUGAUUGAUUCAUGUUAACAUGGUUACUUA